AUGCGCGUACCGCUCGAGACCGUUUCUCGUCAACUUGCGAUCCAGCAAAUGGCAAGAACAUACGAUGAUGACGCGAUCAGGGUCAUUGUCUUAGACUCGACACUCCACAUUUUCGCGUGCAAUGUCACUCAAAUUCAUCUGAGAGGCAGACCAAAAGACGAAGCUGUCCGCUUGCCCAAUCUGAAUGGCCUAGGUGUCUCUUCGACCGCUCCGCAGGCUACGCACGAAGAUAAUCUUCUUCUGGAUGCUUCCCAGAUCGAGCUUCUGCCAGACGACAAAGAAAUGACUUUUACCGUCAAAACUAAGCCGCAGCUGUACACUGCAAGAUUUCGUUCUUUGAAGCUCUAG